AUGCUUGAUCCCAACCAAUUCAUCCGAACCUCUGGAAAGGCAGAUCCAGUAUGGGUCCACACUGAGCCCUACAGCAAGCGUCCUCAAUUCGAGAAGCUCGACAAGGACAUUGAGACCGAUGUCUGCAUCAUCGGAUCAGGCAUCUCUGGAAUCUCCACCGCAUACGAGCUUGUCACCCGUGGCGUCAACGUUGUCAUGAUCGAAGCAAGAGACAUCCUCUCUGGCGAGUCUGGAAGGACCAGUGGUCAUCUUGCCAGUGCUCUUGAUGAUCACUACACUGAAAUAGCCAAGACACACGGCGACAAGAAGGCGAAGCUUGCUGCAGAAAGUCAUUCAUGGGCUCUUGACAGAGUCGGAGAGAUAUCUAAGCAGCUGAGUAUUGAAUGCGAAUAUCGCCAUCUUCCCGGCUAUGAGAUAUCUCAAUAUCCUCGUAGUGAUCCACACCAUGCGGAAGAAAUGAAAGAGCUCAAAAGCGAAGCUGACAAGGCAAAGUCCCUGGGGUUGUCUACGGAAUUUCAAGAGACAUUUGCGAUCAAGGGAUGGGAAGGGAAGGUGGACCAGCGUGGUGGAGCAAUCUUCUUUCAACAAGCUACCUUCCAUCCCACGAAGUAUCUACUUGGAGUCAUCAAAUGGCUUGCGAAGCAGCCCAACUUUACCUGCUACACUCACACUCGGAUGAUGUCCUGCGAAGAGAAAGGCUUGCUAAACAAGGAGGUCAAAGUAGGCACGCUCGAUGGGAAGACAAUCACCUGUAAGGAUGCAGUGGAAGCUACCUGCGUUCCCUUGCAGAAGUUGAGCAUCGUGGCGGAAAUGGAGUAUUAUCGUACGUAUUGCAUUGCCUCACGUAUUCCAAAGGGGAGCUACGAAGACUGUCUCAUCUAUGAUCUCGCUGACCCAUACCACUACAUCCGAUUCACUGAAUGUGAUGAGAAAGACGACUACCUUGUCCUAGGUGGCGCAGACCACAAAGUCGGUCAAGAGGGAAAUGAAGAAGCCAAGUAUAAGGAGCUCGAAGACUGGGUCCGUGAGCGCUUCACCCAGCUUGGACCAACAGACUACAAGUGGAGCGGCCAAAUCUUCGAACCUGUCGAUCACGUAGCAUUUAUCGGUCUAAAUCAAGGCAAGAAGCACAUUUAUGUCGUGACUGGCGAUUCAGGCAACGGCCUUACACAUGGUGUUCUAGCCGGCAAACUCAUCGCGGACGAAAUCCAGGGUGUGCAGAAUCCGUGGAGUGGACUUUACAAUCCAAAGCGGCUUCCACCACUUUCCACGCUUCCUGACAUGAUCGGCCACGAUCUUCAGAUAAAUGCUCAGUACAAACGCUUCUUACAGAGCGAUGUCAAGGACAUCGAGGACAUCAAACCCUGCAGCGGCGGCGUGCUAAAUCCCACAGCCUCAAAACCAAUUGCCGUCUACCGUGACGAGAAUGGUAAGCCGCACAAAUUUUCGGCAAUGUGUCCUCAUCUGCACGGCGUUGUUGCUUGGAACCAAUCGGAGAAGACCUGGGAUUGUCCGGUGCAUGGAAGUCGAUUUGGAGGGAACAAUGGCGUCUGCGUGAUGGGACCUGCAAAGGCGGGACUGGCGCCGGUGGAAUGA